AUGGAUCCAUCGAGUCAUCACGCCGACUCGCCGCCCUCGCCUCAUCCCGAGCCCCCGCCCGAGUCCUCCUCCCUCCCUCUCCCUCCCUCCCUUUCUAGCUCUGGCCCUCACUCACCCCCCGUCCCAGUUCCCGUCCCUGCCGUCCCUGGAAGCGGCGGUAGCAACAGGAGUGAGAACGAGAGCGCGGACGGUGACGAGGACAGGGACCUGGAAACUGCUCCUGUCAUCGCAUCCGCCGUCGAGAAUCGCCUCAGGGCCAGGCCGAGGUCAAGGUCGAGAUCCAGCGUCGACUCCACCUUGGCGCAUUCCCUUCUGCACCACGACGACGCCGUGCCGCUGCAGCCCUUGCAGCCCUUGCGGUCCUUGCAGUCUCUGCCAAACCCCUCCGUGCCACCCCUCGUCCCAGACUCAGACGCCAGUCCCGCCCAACCUGGCCCUUCCCCUCCUCCUGUCGCCUGGGCGCCUGCUGCUGUCCUCGACAUCAAUCUGACUUCCGCUGCCGUCGACGCCGCUGACCCCGACGACCCCGACGACCCCGACGACCCCGGCACCAUGGCCUCGCACCGGUCGCCCUUUCUUGCCAACACCGCUGGCGGCCAGCGCCCUGACGGACCCUACGGUUCCCUCUCCAACGCUCCCAGCCGCGACACGUCGCUCGACAGCGACGACGGCGACGGCGACGGCGACGACGACGACGACGAGCACGCCGCCGCCGCCGUAGGCAGGCAUCAUGCCUUCGUGACUUCGGGCACCCUCCGGAGCAACGCCUCCACCUCGCACCGAUCCAUGCUCUCCAAGUCGUCCUCCCGCAUUUCAGAGGACCUCGACGCCUCCAUGCUCGUCUCCGGCAUCGAGGGCCGUUUUGGUGUUACCGAGACCCCCAUGGCCGAGAGCGUAACCGGUGCCGUGUCUGACGCCUACGUGACCGACACCGAUGACGAUGUGCCGCUUGUGGGAGGGGUCGACUCCGACGAUGAGUCCGAGGCCUCGAUUGCCGAUGAGGAGAACUCACCCCACGAGGCCGUCCGGGCUUCGGUACCCCCCACCGACGACACCACCCUGUCCAUAAACACCCCUCGUAUGUGGUGUCUCUCCGUCCUCUUCUCCAUCCUGGGAUCUUCGACCAACCUCUUCUUCUCCCUCCGCUACCCCAGCGUCGCCAUCACCCCCGUUAUCGCCCUGCUCCUCGUCCACCCGUUGGGUCACAUGUGGGACUUCUUGCUCAAACGCUCUCACGACCCCAAGGACGAGUUCGUCGAGGGACACCGUUCCGGGUCCGCCGGCGAGAGUCCCCGCUCCUGGCGCCUGUGGCUUGCCCAGGGACGGUGGAACGAAAAGGAGCAUACGUGUGUGUACGUGAGCAGCAACGUUGCCUUUGGCUUCGCCUUCGCCACGGAUGUCAUUGUCGAGCAGACCCAAUUCUACAACCAACCGGCUCCCAUCAUGUAUCAGAUCCUCCUCACCAUAUCCACUCAGGUCCUGGGCUAUGGCUUUGCCGGCCUGGCCCGCCGCUUUCUCGUCCGCCCGAGCGGCAUGAUCUGGCCCGGCACCCUCAUGUCGGCCGCCAUGUUCGGCACCCUGCACAGGCAGGACAACAAGCCCGCCAAUGGCUGGACAGUCAGCAGGUGGAACUUCUUCUACAUUGUGUGCUCUGGCGCCUUCCUCUUCUACUUCCUCCCGGGACUGCUGAUGCCGUGCCUGAGCUACUUCAAUGUCGUCACCUGGUUCGCGCCUGACAAUGUCGUCGUCGCCAACCUGUUCGGUGUCUCGUCCGGUCUGGGCUUGUUCCCCCUGACCUUUGACUGGGCCCAGAUCACGUACAUCGGCAGCCCUCUGCUCGUGCCCUUCUGGGCCGCAGUCAACGUUGUCGGCGGCCUGACCCUUGUCAUGUGGAUCAUUGCACCGAUCAUGUACUACGCCAACGUGCUCUACACGUCGUACAUGCCCAUCAUCUCUACUGCCGUCUUCGACAACACGGGAAACCUCUACAACGUCAGCCGCAUCCUCACGGACGACUUCGUCUUCGACCGGCAGGCCUACCGAGACUACAGCCGCGUCUUCCUGCCCAUCACCUACAUGCUCAGCUACGGCAUGCAGUUUGCCGGCCUGGCCGCCCUGCUGACCCACACGGCCUGCUGGCACGGCAAGGACAUCUGGACGACGUGGAAGGAGGCGCUGGAUGAGGCCCGCGACGAGGAGAAGACGGCCUAUCAGCCAGUGUCGGCAGGAUCCGAGCAGGUCUUUGGCGGGCCCAGCCGCAGCGGCCGCAGCGGCGCCAGCGAUGACGACGGCGACUGCCGGUCGAGAUCGCCGUCCCACGCCGACGGGCUCCUGACGCGCGAGGACAUCCACAGCCGUCUGAUGAAGCGGUACAGGGACGUGCCCAUGUCUUGGUACCUGGGCACGUUCGUCUCCAUGGCCACCAUCGGCAUGUUCCUGGUAGAGUACUACCCGGUGCACCUGCCCUGGUACGGGCUGCUGCUGUCUCUCGGCAUCGGGGCCAUCUUCUUCAUCCCCAACGGCAUCAUCAUGGCCGUUACCAACCAGCACAGCUCCAUCUACCUCAUCUGCCAGCUCAUCUGCGGCGCCGUCUUCCCCGGGCGGCCGAUAGCCAACAUGGUCUUCGUGACGUACGGGUACAUCUCGUCGGCGCAGGGCAUCAAGUUUGCGUCGGACCUCAAGCUGGGGCACUACAUGAAGAUACCGCCGCGGACCAUGUUCACGGUGCAGGUGGUGGCCACGCUCGUGUCGUCGCUGACGCAGAUCGCCGUCCUGAACUGGAUGUUUGUCAACGUCAGCGGGCUGUGCACGCCGGAGGCCGUCAACGGCUUCACCUGCCCCAUCGCCCGCGUCCACUUCAACGGGUCCAUCCUGUGGGGUGUGGUGGGCGUCAACGAGUUCUUCGGCCCGGACGCCAUCUACCGCGCCCUGGUCUGGUGCUUCGCCCUGGGCGCCGUCCUGCCGGUACCCCUGUGGCUGUACGCCCGCCGCAGGAAGCACAGCAUCGUCCGCAAGAUCAACCUCCCUGUCGUCUUCGGCGCUAUGGGCUGGAUCCCGCCCGCCACCGGCCUCAACUUCUCCGUCUGGGCCCUCGUCUGCUACGUCUUCAACUUCCACAUCAAGAGACGCGCCUCGGCCUGGUGGGCAAAGUACACCAUGACCCUCAGCGCCGCCCUCGACUCCGGCCUCGCCAUCGGCAUCCUAGUCGUCUUCUUCGGCUUCAUAUACCCCGGCUGGAUGGACGGCUUCUCAUGGUGGGGCACCGAGAUUCACAAGCAGGGCUGCGACUGGCAGGCCUGUCCGUAUGCUACACUCCCACCUGGAGAGCACUUUGGCCCUGAUAGUUGGUGA